AUGGUUUUGGGCUUGAUUUUGCUUCUCUUAGCUGAGCUCUACUGUUCGCCUUUCCUCCAACGCCGCCGCAACCGCCGCCGUCAAUUUACAACUCCCAAUGCCACCACCACCGGCGACAACCCAUCUAUACAUUCUCAUGCUCAUUCUCAUUCUCAUUCAACCCUUGAUAGCUUCCUUUACCCUGCGGAUGCCAGCUACGACAUAGAAAAGCAACCCACUCAGACCAACUCACCGGAAAAUCAAGAUUCCGGCGGAGCCCAAUGCCAAGAUAAAAUGGAAAUCCGAAAUGGGUCUCCAUUAGUUUACAUUUCAAAUCCGGUUUUUGAUGGUGAAAGUAGAAGCGGGAAAAUGAUGGAAGAUGAUGAUACUCCCUUUGAGACGCCGGACUCGUCACCUUCUCGGUUGGGAACGGAAGAGUCCUCCGGCGAUGACGAGAGAGAGGAAAUAUCUUCGAAGGUGGUAAUUACACCGCCGUUAACGCCUAUGAAGAAGCUGCCAGCGGAGGCGGUUUCUGUGUGCCUGAAAGAUGUUCGGUCGCUGGGGACUUCUGGCAGUGAUACGAACAGUAACAAUGGAGCUUCUUCUUCUCCGUUAACGCCUUGUACUUCUCCUUCAUUGUGA